GGCCUUCGCUCCGAUGAUCUUGGAGCAGCUUCAAAAUACCUAUUAUUCUUGAACAAUCCCCCUAACUCCUGAACGAGCUAACCACCGAGCGGAGAAAGAGACGACGAGCUCACAGAGACUGAUAUGAUAAUCUUCCUGCUCACAAUGAUCGCUAUGUCCCCCCCUGGCCGCCUGGGCAUCUUUCCUUCUCCUCUUCCUAUCCCCAAUAUCAUUCUCACAUGCAUUCUCUCUGAAAAUCCACCACUACCCAACCCCUUCCACAAAAGCGGACCAAAAUAGCCACCCUCUUCACCCAUCUCUUAACGCAACCACACAAAAUGGUCUCGUCCUCUUCGACGGGACCGGGCACCACCCGCAUCGCUGAUGCGCAGCUCUCCCUCCGGUACGGUACACUGGGCGGGGGAAACGACGAAGAAUAUCACCCGGGCGGCAUCGACUAUGACGGCCGACACAUCGGGAUGACGAUUUGCGCAGUCCGGGGCCGGGUUCCCCGGCGUGCGGUUGUUAGGGUUGAUGCGUGGUCGUUGCGGGCUGAGACGCAUUUCGCUUAUGGGGGCUGUGGGGAGGGGUUGCGCGGGAGAACAAGCUGUUGGCGCUGAAUUGGGGGCCGCGUUGAGGCUGCGGUUUGGGGAUUUGGAUGGUUAUGGUUAUGGUUAUGGUUGGAGUGGUGGUAAUGGUGGUGUGCCGGGUUUUGCUGCUUUCGCAAAGCCAUCAGAGAAGAUUCGCAGCCCCGAGUUUCUUCAUUGAUUAUCGGGGUAUCUAUCCAGCGCUGAUGAUUUGUGCUGGUGUUUUGGGCCGCGUGGGCGGGUUGACCCUUGUUGAGAUGAAGAGCAUGGUGCUAUUGGCGGAAGUGUCAUUGUCAAUGAAGGGUUCGUUGGGGGGGUGGGGUGAUUACGCAGAACCCGUUUGAUGUUGAUGUUAUAGACGGGGCGGUUGAGGGGGGGGGGGUACUUUAUGCCGGAUCUACCAAUUGGGACGGUAUAUGAUAUGUGUAUUAAAUAGGCGUAGGCUAGUUUAGAUGAGAACUAGUUAUUAGGAUGGGAUGGGGAUUACAUAUGUUAAUACAUUGAGCAUAUGAGUGCGAGUGGGUUGGCCUGAUUAUGCUAUCAUAAUUAAAGCUGUGGAGGACGACGUCUAUAUCAUAUGGGAGUUGGUUAUAUCCUCAUUCAUCACCCGCCUAACCCCGAGUGCUAAUCCUGUUGUAAUAUGCGAUUGACCUCAAGUCGCACGGGUAAAAUUUCUCUUUCAUGCGCGUCGAAGCCAUA